ACUCCGUCCACAUUCUUUGGCAUCAGUAGUAACCUCCAUUCCUACGCACGGCUCCCCCACACCCGGCUCCCUGACCUCCAGCAGCCUGCCCUCCUAGAGGCCAACACAGGGAGCCGCAGCAGGCGAGUCAGGGUCAGUAGUGAGUGUGAGUCUGCUGUGUCCUGUCACUCCUCUGUGUCUGAUGACGAGGACAUGGGCUGGAGCCACUCCUGGCCACCUACUGCCUGGCACUGCUUCCUCAAAGGCACUCGUCUGCGGUUCCAUAAGGGUUCUAGUGUGGAGUGGCAGGAUGCUGAGAAACUGGUGUCAGACGAAGACUCAGACGAUGAGGCAGAGGGUAUAACCCGCCCCCUGAAGGGCUAUGGUCGUGAGGGCCUGAGGCUGGUGUCCCACACAGAGAGCCGGGCGUUCGGCCAGUCCGUCCUCAAGCUGACCUUUGACCCAGGUGCCUGUGGGGAGUGUCUUCUGUCCGCUGAGUGUCAGCUGGACCACCCGUUCUACGUCAGAAACAAAGGCUGGUCGUCGUUCUACCCCAGUCUGACUGUGGUGCAGUAUGGGAUCCCGUGCUAUGAGGUGAUGGUGGGAGACGUGUGUCUGCCUCCUGGACACAGAGAUGCCGUCCACACUGACGACUCCCUGGUGUUCGACACAUUCAGGAGUUAUGACUUCACUCCCCUGGACUCGUCGGCGGUGUACGUCCUGAGCAGCAUGGCCCGGCAGCGUAGGACCUCCCAGUCCGGMGGGGGCGCCGUCAGCCCCGACCAAGACACACACCGCAACAAGCUAAUUAAGAGCCAGCAGGACUCGGGAGCAGCCGGCGGGGCUUCGCCCACGAAGUGCAAGCGGCCAAUGAAUGCAUUUAUGCUAUUCGCAAAGAAGUUCAGGUUGGAGUACACCCAGAUGUACCCUGGGAAGGACAACAGGUGUGUGUGUGCGUGUGCGCAUUUUGUGCUGUGCAAAAAAAUCCCCAAAUUCCCUGGACUAAUCAAUCAAGUUAAUGUAAUACAUUAUUGUGUGUGUGUGUGUGUGUGUUUGCCCUCAGAGCGAUCAUGUGAUCCCCUGGGAGGAGAAGUGGAAGAGAAAAUGCGAGGAGAGGAGAGAGGAUGUUCCCAGGGGAACCUAAGUGCGCAGAACCACGAGAAGAAGGGAUGA